GAGGAAUUGAAGCUGCCCGGGAGCUGGCGAGGGGCCCCAGCGCCUUCAUUCCCCUGGGAGAGAUCCCGCAGGAAGGCGGGGAGAGCAGCCUGCACCAGCUCCUCCAGGCCUUCGUCUCCGCAGGCAGGGUGGACCACGUCGCCAUGGUCAUGGGGCUGCACCCCCAGUACCUCAGCAGCUUCUGGAAGACCCAGUGCCUCCUGCUGCGCAUGGACGGGCCCCUGCCCUACCACAAGCGCCACUACAUCGCCAUCAUGGCUGCAGCCCGGCACCGCUGCUCCUACCUGGUGGGGCUGCACAUGAGGGAGUUCCUGCAGGUGGGGGGCAGCCCUGCGUGGCUGCAGGGGCUGCACUGUGCCCCCCAGAAACUCCGGAACCUCAACGAGAUCAACAAGCUGCUGGCGCACCGGCCCUGGCUCAUCACCAAGGAGCACAUCGAGGCUCUGCUGAGGCCGGGGCAGGACAGCUGGUCGCUGGCAGAGCUGGUGCAGGCGCUGGUGCUGCUCACCCACUACCACUCGCUGGCAUCCUUUGUCUUCGGCUGCGGCAUCAGACCCGAGGGGGAGCAGGACGUGGGGAGCAGCUGCUGGGCCCCCUCACCCCACAGCAACAGCAGCCCCGCCUCUGGGGACAGCGUGGGGGGCUCUGGGGGCACAGAUGCCAUGCAGGAGGUGGAGGUGCUGAUGGAGAGGAUGAAGCUGCUGCAGGAAAACCAGCUGGAGGAGGACGGAGUCACACAGGAGGAGAUGGCAACACGCUUCGAGCUGGAGAAGACAGAGAGUUUGCUGGUCCCUUCCUCAGAUGUUUUGGAUCCCUCGCUGCAAUCCAACAUCCGCUGCUUCCUGGAGGACCCUGAGUUCGGAUACAAGGACUUCACACGCAGGGGGGAGCAGGCCCCCCCCACUUUCCGUGCCCAGGAUUACACCUGGGAGGACCACGGCUACUCGCUGAUCAACCGCCUGUACCCAGACGUGGGGCAGCUCCUGGAUGAGAAGUUCCAGGUGGUUUACAACCUGACCUACAACACCAUUGCCAUGCACUGCGGCGUGGACACCUCCGUGCUGCGCCGCGCCAUCUGGAACUACGUGCACUGCGUCUUCGGCAUCCGCUAUGAUGACUACGACUACGGGGAGGUGAACCAGCUCCUGGAGCGCAACUUAAAGGUCUACAUCAAGACAGUGGCCUGCUACCCAGAGAGGACAACCAAGCAGAUCUACGCACAGUUCUGGAGGCACUUCAAGCACUCGGAGAAGGUGCACAUCAACCUGCUCCUGCUGGAGGCGCGCAUGCAGGCAGCUCUGCUCUACGCCCUCAGGGCUGUCACCCGCUACAUGACCUGACCUGAGCUGCUCUGCUCCUGCUCCUGCUCCUGUCCUGGCUGCGCAGGAACAGCCAGGGGGCAGCUGGAGCCCUGGAAUUCCACUGCAGUGUUGUCUCCCUGCUUCACGGGCCUAGAGCUGUGGAAGUGGGAGCUUCCCUGCGCUUUCUCCCCGGAGAGGGGAGCCCCAGGAAGCUGCUGGUGCUGGAAGACCCCAGAGCGCUGCCCUGGGCCUGGCAGAGCUGCGAGGGCUCUGCUACUCUGUGCCUUUUUGGGGCUGGCCUGAGCGGAGCCAGACUGGGAUGUCUGUGGCUGCAGUGCUGGUGUCACACCCUGUGACGUGUCCUGGCACCAAGGCUGCCACCGAAGAGGACUGCCCCCCUGCCCGAGAUGGCCAGAGGAUGUCACGGCCUUCACCCCUGCUUUCUGGGUCCUGCUGUGCUGGGAGACACAGCUGCUGGUGGGGGUGCUGCCCCGGCACCCCCUCCCCACCCUUCUGCCUCAUCCCCUGCAGUUUGGGAUGUGAAGUGCCUUUAACCUCAGUGCCAGGGCAGGAGCAGGGAAAGGGUAAGAAUACCUGAGUGUGUUUUACACCUUUUUGCAGUUUUCCAACCACUGGCACAUCUCCACUGCCUCAGCUUCAGGGGCUGAGGUGGGGAGCUGUGCUGGGGCGUGAGGCUCCUUCAGCCCCUCUCCUGCUGUCAGGGCGGCAGGGUGGCAUGGGCUGCCCAUGGCUUCAUCCAGAUCUGCCAGAGCAUCCCCAGCAGCACACAGAGGUGCCUCUGGGGAGCAGGAUCCAGGGCCAGCAGCAUCGCCACCCUUGGUUUGGCUGUUGAAUGAUAGCUCCAGUUAAGUUAUUUCUAUUUUUUUUUUUUUGAUGUAUUAACUUCUGACUAGGCAUGGACAUGCCUCUGUAA